AUGUGUGCCAUACUCUUUUCGACCACUACCGGUCCACUGUGGCCGGGAUGUGACCCACAAUACGAAUUUACGAACAAUACAUACCCCGGCAACUCGUGUCUACACUGCGAUAAACGCUUUUCGUACAAAACAACACUUCACAGUAGAAUAUUAAGUUGUGAACCCUUAUCCGACCCGACCCUUAAGGGUUUCAGAAGGGAACGGGUUUCAAUAUUAAGGGUCAGGCCGGGAAAGGGUUUCCCCUUAUAAUUUUUUUACAGUAUUUAUAUUUUCUCUUAACUCGACCCC